GUGAAAGAGCGACCGGAGACGUCAGAUAACGCAAUACCAAAACUUCGUAUUUUUCAUCCCUAUCAUCAUUAAUUUAGUUUUAUCUGAACUAUAAAACACGUAUUUUCGUCGCUUUCUUAAGUUAGUAUUUAAUGUGACCGGAAGAUAUUAGCGGAGCCAAUUAUUGCUAUCAUUGCAGCCCCCAGUGAGAAAUGACUUGGAACAGUGGGAAUCAAGUCUGUAGUGUGCUAAACUGAGCAGCAGACAUCUGCUGUUGUGACCUGGACUGUGAUGGACAGGUUCAAAUUGUCCCUCAUCGAUGAGGAGCUGGAGUCGUCUGAGGUGGCAGCUCUUCGCUUUUUGUGUCGUGAUGUUGUCAACAGGAAGCGACUGGAAGACGUCAGUGAUGCAAAAAAACUGUUCUUAAGACUAGAGGAAAAAGGUCUUCUGGACGAUGAUUUUUUCCUUGCCCAGCUGCUCCAAACUAUCAAUCGGGCUGAUCUUCUCUCCGUUUUGGAAACAGACAGCAGACCGCCAGAGGAAACUGACGCAAACCCCAUGUUGUCAGACUACAGGGUUACGCUAUACAAAAUACAUGAGAACGUGACUCAGGAAAACCUGGAGAAGAUGAAGUUUCUACUGAACCCGAAGCUUGGCAGACGACAGACUGAGAUGUGCAAUACGGCGCUGGAUGUGUUUGCUGAAAUGGAAAAGAUCGGUCUUCUUUCAAAUACAAACAUGGAUGAGCUGCAUAAAGUCCUGUUAAAGCUGGAUCGUGACCUGGCGAGGACUGUGGAGAACUACACACAAAGGUCUCGCAGAGAGCCUCUGACCUCACUACUACCACAUGUCAGCAUAGACCACAGGGUCAACAACACCCAGCCCCCCCCACUGGAUUUUCUGUCAAUAUCAGAGACUCAACCCAGCAGUGUUUUAGUAGGUGAAACUGUUUGCACUGAUGCAGAGAUAUCAAAUACCAGAAAAUCCCUGUCUGAUCUCGACGAGAAGGAGUACUACAUUCUGAGUCAUAACCCUCGUGGAUGGUGUGUGGUCAUCAACAAUGAGAACUUUACAGGCCCAGCACUGAAAACCCGAAAAGGAACUCAGGAGGAUACAAAGGCUCUCAGAGAAGUGUUCACUCGCCUCGGCUUUAAGGUGGUCAUAGAGAAUGAUUUGACAGCACAACAGAUCAGAGACAAAGUGAUAAAGUUGGGCAGAGAGAAUUUUCUGGAUCAUGAUGCCUUGGUGGUGUGUGUGCUGUCACAUGGAGAAAAAGAUUUGGUUUAUGGGACGGAUGAGUGUCCGGUUAACCUUAAAGACCUGAAGAAGCCCUUCACUAGUGACAGCGCGCCAACCUUGGCUGGAAAACCCAAACUGUUCUUCAUCCAGGCGUGUCAGGGCAACGGCUACCAGAGAGGAGCGCUGCCCUGUCCUCCACGGCCGAGGCAGGAGGAGGAGGAGCCGCAGAGAAGCUUGGAGGAGGAUGCGGGGCCGGUCCACGGGGAAACUGUCCCCUCGGACUGUGACUUCCUGGUGGGCAUGGCCACUGUUCCAGAGUGCAAGUCUUUUAGAAACACUGCGACAGGCUCCAUCUACAUCCAGGAGUUGUGUAGACAGCUGAUGAUUUCAGCAGGAAGCCCGGAGUUGGAGGACAUCAACUCUGUCCUGAUACGUGUGAACAGGGAAGUCAGCAAAGGAGUGUUUCUGACCUACAAACAAAUGCCGCAGCCCUACUACACCCUCACAAAGAGACUCGUUCUCAAAUUCAUUUGACUGAAAGUAGACCUCAUCUCCAGAUUUACAUAUGUGGGUUUCAUCACUAUGUAUGGAAUGAAUUUGGAGGAUGUUAAUUGAAGAGUAAUAUUCAGAAUUACGUUUUCCUUUGUGUAUGAUCACACAAAAAGAAGAAUUUAUAGCAUUUUUUUACUGAUUUAGAAAUGAGUUGUUUAUAUCUACAGCGGGAGUGUGUCAUCUUUCUAAUGAACAGUCUUCCUCUUCCCCUUUUUUUCAUUUUAUAGUCGCUUCAAGUACUAUAUCCAUCUUCAGUAUCAUCAUAACAAAAAAAACCACUGAUGUCUUUAGAUGGAAUCUGAUACUUCACUGAAAGACCAAGUAAAUGUCAAUCACUGAACAUUAAACAGUGAAAUUAAUCUUGACAACAUCAUAGGAAAUAAAGUCAGUUUUUAUGUAUUUGUAAGUACAGUCAUGUCAGUAAGAAAUGUAACAAAUAAGAUGUCAUUGUCUGUUUGACUUGUGUGUCACUGGUAAAAAGAAUAUUAAUAUAUUUUAGAUUUAUUCGCUUCCUCCUGUUAGUUGUGUUUACUCAUUAAAAGACUGAAGUCAAUGUCGUUGUAAAAUUACUAUUAAUGCAUUAGUUUGAAUAAAAAUGUAAAAAGUCCUGCCUUCAUGGUUAAACAGUACAGAUCAACAUAAAGAAUAUUUUGAGAAUAAAGUCAGAAGGUU